AUAAAAGCAAAAACAGAAGAAAUCUGUAAAGACCCUUUUUUGACACUGUAAAAUGUCAAAGAAGGACUAUGAAGCUGUGAACAGCCAGGCUUCCAGUAUUUUCGAGCUUUUAUUCUAUUCCAUGGGCCACAGAUACAAUAAACUAUCCAUGUACUGCACUCAACUUUGUACCGUCUUAUCACUCACACUUUUAAGAACCCGUAAAUGUCGUUGCAAAGUCCUUUUCCAGUUUGAACCUGGAAUGCCACACACCCUGAGGAAAAGGAUAGUUCUCCAAAGGUAAAUUUGCAACGGCAGCUAAGAAGCUUUAGAAAACAAAAUGCAUUGGAUUUGGACCAGUCUAUUCUGGCUCUGUCCGGCGGUGGUACAUGGUGGGAAAGUACUUGUCUUCCCAUUUGACGGGAGCCACUGGAUAAACAUGAAAGUGAUAAUUGAAGAGCUGCAUUCGAGGGGUCACCAGAUCUCUGUUGUGCGACAGACAGACAGCUGGUAUGUCAAGGAAUCCUCCCCAUUCUAUACUUCCAUCGCUGUCGACAUUGAGUCAGGAUUUGAUGAAGACUUCAUAAAAACUUUUGUGUCCGAGCUGCUGGAAAUCCACCGGGAGGGAAAGUCUGCCUGGACCCGUUUCAAACUCGAGCUGGAGCAAGCACAGAAGCUCUCAGAGUUCCACGUAAAAUUGUGCAACGGUCUUGAAAAGAUUUUCAGGAACAAAGAGCUGAUAGAGUCCAUAAAAGAGGCCAACUAUGACCUUGUUCUUACAGAUCCUGCCGUACCGACGGGUGUUAUACUCGCUCAUUACCUCAAGUUGCCCCUGGUUCUCAAUGUGAGAUGGACUACUCAUGGUGAAGGCCACUUUUCAGUCGCACCUUCUCCUAUCUCUUAUAUUCCAAUGACUGGCACAGAGCUGUCCGAUAAAAUGUCCUUUGCUCAGAGAGUCCUGAAUGUAAUAGCAUUUGCUUUGAAUGAAUACCAAAUUGCAUGGAAUAUUUCGCCUCAUUAUAAAGCCUUGAUUGCAAAGUACUUUGAUACAGAUGCAGACUAUUUAUCCAUGUUUCAAGCUGCCGACCUGUGGCUCAUGAGAGUGGACUUUGUGUUCGAGUUCCCUCGCCCCACCAUGCCAAAUGUCGUCUACAUGGGAGGGUUCCAGUGUAAGCCUGCAAAACCUUUGCCUCGGCACUUGGAGGAGUUUGUGCAGAGCUCUGGGGAGCACGGCGUCAUCAUCAUGUCUCUGGGGACUUUAAUUGCAGACCUACCCCACGACUUAGCUGAAGCGAUUGCUGGAGCUUUCGCCAGAUUACCUCAGAAAGUCAUUUGGCGGUAUAAAGGCGUCAGGCCUGCCAAUCUGGGGAACAACACUUUAGUGGUAGACUGGAUGCCACAGAACGACCUUCUGGGACACCCUAAGAUUAAAUUGUUUGUGGCUCACGGGGGAACAAACGGUCUUCAGGAGGCUAUUUAUCAUGGAGUUCCUAUACUGGGUCUUCCAUUAAUUUUCGACCAACACGAUAAUCUGUUCAGAAUUGAAGAAAGAGGAGCUGGGAAGAAUAUUCAAAUUUCCUCUAUGAACCAAGACAACUUCUUGGAGGGGAUACAGGAGGUCCUAACCGAACCUUCCUACAGGACAAACAUGCAGAGACUCUCCAGACUGCACAGGGAUCAGCCGAUGAAGCCGCUGGACACAGCCAUCUGGUGGAUAGAGUUUGUCAUGAGGCACAAAGGAGCUGCUCACCUGAGAACCGAGUCCUACAGACUGCCCUGGUAUUCCUACCACUGUGUAGAUGUGAUGUUGCUCCUAGGGGGCGCUGUGCUGCUCAUCUUUGGCACCUUUGCUGUCAUACUAAAAUACCUUUUACAUUUGUGUCUAAGAAACAAGAAGAAACAAGAUUGAAAGAAUGGAAAAUUGCUUUUAAAUUAUGUUAGAUUUGUAAAUUGAGGACACAUAAAUUGGAUGAUUUGUGUUUUCAUGAGAUAGAAAUUAUUUAUCCAAAUUAGCUGAGAAAACGUGUUUGGGAUCUUGGUAAAAUGAGCCUCUUUAACUAACCUAUGA